AAAUCUCAUAUAACAAAAUUUCUAAGUGAUUGGUUGGGUGAUAGCAUAGGGCUUUCUACCGGUGCUAAAUGGAAAGGUAGACGCAAACUGUUGACACCAGCAUUUCAUUUCAAAAUAUUAGAUGAUUUCACACUGAUCAAUGAACAGAUAAACAUAUUUGUAGACAAAAUAAGAAAUAUCUCAUCAAUUGAGAGACAAUAUAUUGAUAUCAGAGAACUGAUAGCGCUGUUAAUGGGCGCACAGUUAGGCAAAAAUAAAACAUACGUUUCAGCUAUUCAUGAUUUGGUGGAAAUAUUUAUGAAACGUGUAGUUUCGCCUCGGAUUUGGUCGGACACUGUGUUUUAUUGUACAUCAAUUGGCCAAAGUAUAGAACAGAUAGUAAGUAGUGAUAAAAACAACUACUUUUUAACUAAUAAAAAGAAAUGGAUGGCAUUUAUGGAUCCAUUACUCGAAUAUCAUAUCAAAGACAGUAAGUUGUCAGUAGAGGACAUACGUGAAGAAGUGGACGCAUUUAUGUUUGACAUAAGACAUGCUUACAGUUAUGUGCCCUUCAGUGUCGGUCCGCGCGGUUGUCUCGGAAAGCGGUUCGCAUUAAUUGAACAAAUGAUUGUUUUGUCAAAACUUUUUUUAUUCAAUCAAUUGAACCGUUAGAUAGUAUUCAGACAUCCGCUGAAAUAGUGAAU